GGUGACUCGUGACUUUUCAAAAUUCUGCCACUACACUUCAACUGAGAUGUCGGGUAACGAUAAUAUAGAUGAGGCGCAUGCUCUGUCUGAAUCAGAAGCUCAGGAUGUCCAGCACUUAAGGGAAAUCGCUGGUGGAAUAGGUUACUUGGAUGCACUAAAGCUUUUGGAGGAAAGCUCUUGGAACUUAGAGGUGUGUCUUGAAAGUUAAUAAUCAGUUUUCAGCGUGCUGUGCAUAAAUUAAUGGGAUUUGAAGACUCUGGUUUAAGACAACGAAGUACUGCUUCACGUAUUUCGUCCGUACCACAGGUUGAGUUAAUUCCUCCUAAUCAGCGGAUACUGAGGUCAAGAAAUAGCACUCAUAGUUGGUGGUGGUCUACUGCUUUGUUUUUAUUUGAACCUAUUCGAUUGGGUUGUAGCUUGCUCUUUGGAAUCGUGAAGUUUUUCAUCUCUGAAGCAGAAACCUGGAUAUGUUUACUAUUCUUGACGUUUAUAUCGACUUGUAACCAAAUUUUCUCCAUAAAAGAGGUUACGAUCACCUCCAAAAUUACGUCGGGAAUCAUUCUACCAACCUUGACACUGGCAACCAGCUCUGGAGAUAAUUUGUCCGCCAAAAUCAGAGUAGAUACAGGGAAAUUAGAGCCUAUGAUCUGUUGACCCUGGUCGCUUGGUUACUUCAGAUUAUCAUCCAGCCUGGAAUUUGGAUAUUUAUUUUUAAGUUUUGGCUUAGUGACAUGAAUUGUCUUUAAUCAUCCAUGUUGUUCUGACUCAAGAUAAAGCUAUUACUGAUAGAAAUCACAAAUGUUCUUACAUGUUAUUUGGCUGACAGAGUUCAUUAAGCUGUCUGGAAGAUAUUCUCGCUAUCGGUCAAGCGUAAACUCGAAAAUCCACUCUCUCGGUUGUCUUUAUCACUUUCGACACGCUUCAUUCCUUUGGUCUGAUCCUCGAAAUCAGGUCACAGAUCCUGUCGGUGAUGUAAGAAAUUUUAUCCAGCACUUCAAAGAAACCUACGGAUCUGUGAAUACUAGUUUUGACGUUGAUGGUAAUUCAAAUCCAACUGAAAGUUCUACUUCUGAUUCAUUUCCACCGUUCUUCGAGGGAACUUAUGCUGAUGCUGUUCAAGAAGCUAAACAAAGUUUACGAUUUCUGAUUGUUUAUUUACAUGGAGAUUCACAUGAAGAUACUCAUCGGUUUUGCAAAGAUAUUCUUCAGUCGGAAGAUGUUUUACGGUUUCUUAGAAAUUCCAAUGAAUUACUAUUUUGGGGUUGUAAUAUUGAAUCUCCUGAAGGUUAUCGUGUAUCACGAACUCUUCGAGAGCAUACCUAUCCGUUCAUUGGAGUUAUUGGCUUGACUAAUAUACCAAUUUCGGAAAGUGGGGUCUAUUCCGGAAGUAGUACACGAAUGGCGUUACUAGGGCGUAUAGAAGGUGUACUAGAACCAUCAGAACUUGUUGAUCAGUUGAAUAGUAUACUGAAUGAACAUCAAACAGCUAUAAUAACAGCUCGAUUAGACCGGAGUGAACGAGAAAUGAACGCUCAAUUGAGGCGUGAGCAAGACUUAGCUUAUGAGGCAUCACUUGCUGAGGAUCGAGCUAAAGUGGCUGCUCGAGAGGCACAGCAACGAAGUGCUGCCUUAGUAGCGGAACAGCUAGCCAAGGAUGCAAAACGAAAGGAGGAUCUAAAAAAAGCUCACAUUAAUCGCAAGCGUAUAUGGCAAAGUAGGUUACCACCACCACCUAAGUUUGAAGAGGGGUCUACAGUACAGCUAUCAUUCAAAAUGCCACGUGGUUCCAGAGUUUCUCGCGUCUUCAACUUGAACGAUUCUAUCAAGCUGCUCUACUAUUUUGUAUUAUCUCAGGAUGAUUCACCAACAGAAUUCGAGGUGCAAUCCAAUUUUCCUAAACGUAUUAUACCAUGUCAACCAUUCGAAGAAUCUGAUGUGGAAGAUUACAUAGAUACUCCUGACAAUAAGAUGGAUUGUGAUGAACCUGAAGUGAUUACAGACUGGUCCCGUAAAUGUCAGAAUGAUCCACCAUCAUUUUUUAAUAUUGGUUUGACAAGGCCAGAAAUGUUGUUUGUUCUCAACAAAGAUGCAUGAUAUGAAGUUUUGAGCUUCCUACCCUUCCAACACCAAUGUAGCUAUUUCUUUAUGGAUAAAGCUGUUCCAUUGUUAAAUAAGUUCAUGUAUUAUGUUUUUGAUGUAGUAUUAUGUCCUCCAAGUACGUACAAUAAUAAUAGUAAUAUUAUUAUUAUAAAUGACUUGAGCAGUCAGGAUUUCAUUUCCUUAUACAGUUAUUCAAAUGUAUUUUUCUCCGAUUAUUUUAUUCAUACACUUAUCAUUUUGUUACUCUGGUCUCACAUACAACAUGACAUAUUUUGCUUGUAAUAAGUCCCAUUAGCAUAUAACAUUCCUUAUGCACAGUUGUGGUUUCUCAUGAAGACAGACUCCCAACCGUUGACCUGUUGUAACAUGUUUAUCCGCUUCAAUAUUUUUGUGAGCUGUUUCGAGGUAAUAUUGAAGUUCACUUUUAGACACCAUGUGAUUACUUGUAUGAAAAGUCUUUCCCCAUGUAUUUUUUUCAAAUAUGCACACGAAUUUCGUGCAAAUUAGUUCAACUGACAGUUUUUAUUACUAUAAUGAUGAUAAUCACUUGUAUUUUAUUUGUGUACAGUACAAGCAUUGAAUUGCUUUUAUUUCUUAUCCAUUGACUUUUUGUAAAGUAAAUUUCUACCUUUCGGUUUCAAUUCAUUCUAUGUAAAUGAGUACUAGAUGGUAACUUGUCAUUUAAUCGUCAGUCGUUUCCUUUCAUGCAGUCUUUAUACGCAGUUUUCCAAUCACUACCAUGCUAGGAUUUCAAAACGUGUUAAUUAAGACAUCGUAGAUAACAUGUAUAGUCACUUUAUAUUGGUGAAAUGAAAUUCAACUUGUCUGUUUAGAACUGUUUUUUAUAGUCAUGCAUUCUAAGUUAUUUUGCCAAUAUAACCUUGUUACGCG